UAGGCCAAGCAAGUCGAUUAGAAACCAACGGAAAUGCCUCUGAAACUAACUAUCCUCUGCUGUGCUCUUCUGGGCGUGGCUGCCGCCACUUAUAUUCCUCACGGAGGAUACGAUCAUGGACACGGCGUGGGAUACAGCAUCCAGACACACCACGAGGCUCCCAAGAAGUGGCAGGACCACCACCAGGAACACCAGGCGCACUCCUGGGCUCCCAGCCAGGACCACCACCACCAGCAGUGGGCGCCAGUGGCCUCCCACGACAGCCACCACCAGUGGAGCCACCACGAGGAGCCCAAGCACCACCCCAAGUACGAGUUCGACUACGGGGUGAAGGACACCAAGACCGGGGACAUCAAGCAGCAGUGGGAGACCCGCGAUGGCGACAAGGUCAAGGGGGGCUACACCAUGAAGGAGGCCGACGGACGCACCAGGAUCGUCGAGUACACCUCCGACGCCCACAGCGGAUUCCAGGCAACCGUCAAGCAUGUCGGACACGCCGAUCACUACGAGCACGGACAUGGACAUGGACACGGACAGGAGUACGGACACGGACAUGGUCAUGCCACCAGCUACGCGGAAGUGAAGCAGGAGAUCGGCGGCAAGUGGUGGUAAAGGAGCUGACCCGACUGAUUGUACAACCGAUUCGGACUAUCUAAUUUAUUUUAAAUAGAAUAGACCAAAAUUCGAACUAUUGCUAUAGGUGAAUAAAGCGAAGCAAAGGCAUAA